AUGAUACCAUUUUGUCAUCCGAAUGAAUCUUUAAGUCACCCAUGGACGAAUAAUGGAUUAAACAGAUGCUUCGUCUACACAUUUUCUUCUAGUUUACUAUGUAUUCUGUUUGUAAUCCCAGGAGUUAUCCAGGCUUACAUCUAUCGAAAACAUGGCCAACGUAUAACUAGCAAUCUAAGAUCAAAAUCCAUCUUUUUAUAUGUUCAGCUAUUUAUAUCACUUCUUAUUCCAAUUCUUUUCGUCACUCAAAUUAUGGUUUACGCUCUCAUGAAUAGCUUAGAUCAUGUCUAUGGGUAUAUGACGUAUUCUAUUGUUGUAAUGGCAGUUGUAUGGCCUCUAUCAGCAUUGAUUUUACACACAGAGUGCUCUCGUGUUCUUUUUAACUACAGAGGUAGAGGUCACGGUUUGCUGCUACUAUGUUUUUGGACAGUAUCAUUCAUACUUGUAUAUCUGCCUGUCGCUUCUAUUACCAGUAAUGAUUGGUGGUGGAACCUGUCAAAUGAUGCUAGUGUGGCGGAGUUCACCUUAUGGGUUCUUUACGCCACUUCUGUAUCAUUUGUCUUCAUCUUGGGAAUGUGGGCUCCUGGCCUUCCAAGCUACUACGCAGUUUAUGAGUUUCUUCAGUCGAAUGGUCAAGGUUCAGUGAUUGCUGAAAAUGUCUGGAUUCGACGUAUGCGUAGAUUCAAAAUGGUAUCACCAUUUAUCUGGCCAAGAAAACAUAAAACGAUACAAAUUAGAGUGUUUUCUUGUUUUCUGUUACUUAUUGUCGGACGAGCAGUCAAUUUAUACUCGCCUAUUUUAUAUAAAGAUAUAGUAAACAGCUUAUCUGUGGCUGACAAUUCCAGUAAACCUAUACCUUAUGAAGAGAAUCUUGUUAAGAGUCGAUCUCCGUACACGAUGUUUAAUGUUGCAUCUAUCAGAAAUGGGCUAGUCUAUCGUUGGGAUUAUGUUCUGUUAUUCGCUUUCAUACGAUUACUUCAAGGAUUAGGUGGCUUAGGCGCUGGUCUCAUAUCUUCUUUACGUUCUCAGUUAUGGAUUGCAGUUGAUCAAUUUUCAACAAGAGAACUAAGCGUUGUGCUUUUUUCACAUAUACAAAGGCUUUCUCUGAAAUGGCAUUUAUCUCGGAAAACCGGUGAAGUGUUGAGAGUUAUGGACCGCGGGACAGCUAGCAUUUCAAAUAUUCUCUCCUAUCUUAUAUUUAAUAUUUUACCUACAGUAUUGGAUGUGAUUAUCGGUGUCAUAUAUUUUGUGACAGCCUUCAAUGCUUGGUAUGGGCUGUUAGUUUUUAUAACUAUGCUUAUUUAUCUUGUUUGUACAGUUCUAGUCACUGAAUGGAGAGCAAAGUUUCGACGUGAAAUGAAUAAUUUAGAUAAUCAAAAAAGUGCUAAGGCUGUUGAUGCUGUAUUAAAUUUUGAGACUGUUAAAUAUUAUAAUGCUGAACAAUUUGAAGUAAAUCGAUAUAAUGAAGCAUUUGUAGAAUAUCAAAAAGCUGAUUGGUGGAAUUCAUUUACUUUGAAUGUUCUUAAUACUGUGCAAAAUAUCACUAUUAGUAUUGGAUUUAUGGCUGGUGUACUGUUGUGCGCUCGAGAUGUUGUCGAUGAAAAGUUGACAGUUGGACAUUUUGUCCUAUUUUGUACGUAUAUUAUUCAACUUUAUUCACCAUUAAGUAUAUUUGGUACAUAUUACAGGCUAUUGCAAACUAGUUUUAUUGAUAUGGAAAAUAUGUUUGAAUUAUUGGAGAAAGAGUCAGAAGUUGCUGAUGCACCAAAUGCACCGGCUUUAAUUAUCAAAGAAAGUGCAGUUGAAUUCAAGAAUGUCUGCUUCUCGUACAAUCCAGAACGUCCUAUUAUAAAGAAUGUGUCAUUUAAAAUACCAAGUGGUCAAACUGUUGCUCUUGUCGGUGAAUCAGGAAGCGGAAAAUCAACUAUUGUCCGACUGUUAUUUCGUUUUUAUGAUGUUACAGACGGUGAAAUAUUAAUUGAUGAUCAAAAUAUCAAGUCAGUUACACAAGCUUCAUUACGUCAAUCUCUUGGAGUUGUCCCACAGGACACAGUUUUAUUCAAUGAUACAAUUUAUUAUAAUAUUCACUAUGGACGUCAAUCAGCUAGUGAAUCAGAUAUUGAAGAGGUUGCAGUUGCUGCGGAUAUUCAUCGAUGUAUUUUAGAUUUCCCCAAAGGCUAUGAAACAGUUGUUGGUGAACGUGGUUUAAAACUAAGCGGUGGAGAAAAACAACGUGUUGCUAUCGCGAGAAAUUUGUUGAAAAAUCCACCAAUUAUGAUUUUAGAUGAAGCUACAUCAGCUCUGGAUACAGCAACAGAACGUAAUAUUCAAGCUAGCUUAAAUCGUAUUGCACAGAAUCGGACAACUUUAAUAGUUGCUCAUCGUUUAUCGACAAUAACUCAUGCCAAUGAAAUACUUGUUCUACAUGAAGGUGAAAUUGUCGAACGUGGAAAACACUCUGAACUAUUAUCAAAUCCCAGCAGUCGUUAUGCCCAGUUAUGGCGUCAACAAAGUGAAGCACAACAAUCAUCUUCACCAUCAGUGAACAACAACACUGAACAAGCAUCAAAUGAUACAGCUAAUACAACACAUCGUCAUCAUCCUAUUCGUGUCUAA